GGGCAAAAACAAGAGAAUUGAAUUUUUCAUUCAUGAUGAUUUUGAGAGGAUCAAAAUAAUCUUCAGACUUCUUUACGCGUGAAUGAAUCACUCCAAUGACUUGAUUUUCAGUAUUCCUGGAGGCGUGAAAUUUAUAUUUGCAUGACAGGAGCUGAAGAGAGCUACGGUUAUUAAAUCCCCCUUUCAAAAGAAAAAUCAUCACUUUUCGUUAACUGCUGUGUACAUGUUGUGCUAUUUUAUCACAUGCCGUCCUUAAGGUCACCUCUACGCCAGUAACUCGGUAUCGUAAAUGAUAUUGUUUAUUUACGUCCUACCAGGCCAUAAUUCUCAGUAUUUUAUGGUAUUCCAACAACUGCACUCUCAUCGUCUCUGGAACCGUAUCUCACAGUCGUUUUUGCUUAAUUUUUCCACAAUGUUCUGCUUAGCUCUUAGCUGCAUAUCAUUUAAUUACAUAAAAGUAAUAUUCGGGCUUGAUUAUAACUUGCUUCGCAAUCUCUUUGAAGUCUACGUUUCACAGACGUUAUGCCAGAAAUUGGAUACUUUCCUUAACACGAUCAAAAUGACAAUUUUUCUUCGAUAUGCUAAUCACGGAGUAGUCAUCUUAUCAGCUCAGAGUGAAGGCAAAAAAUAUAUAUCUAUAUUAAAAACUUGGUAUUUUUUUUCUUUUCCGGAAUACAAAUGUUUUUCGCAGCAGUUCGUAUUUAGCACACAGAACCAGAUUGAAGAGCAACCCAGCAGCGCAAUUCUAUUCGAGACGUGGAAAACUUUCUUUAUAUCACUGAAUUCUCUUAUGAAAACAAGAGGGAGAUCUAAGCACAUAGUUUGAACAAUAAAUCAACUAGACAUUAAAUUGAAGAAGACGGACCCUGCUGUUAGGGAACAACAAAGCUAUCUUAGGGUGAGUUACAAUUAUAUGAUAGCGCUUUUUGAUAACCACUGAAUUGCAGAGACCAACGCAAAGACAAGGUAGUUUCAAUGUCAAUCUUCCAAGAAAAUUAUGUUGUUUCCUUAUCCAGUUAGCACAAUUGUUGAUUAUUGAGCUACAACUGGUUCGAAAACGCAAGCAACUAACUCUCAACCAAUCACAAACAAAGAUAAUUCCUUUUUAGCCAAUCAGGUGUAAGCAAGCUGAUGUGACGUUUCCCACCCUUGAUACCAUGUUCACGUUCUUUCUGCAACGAUUUUCACUUUUGAAUUUGCAAAAUAAGUAAAUCGAGCGAAUGUGAGAGUAAUUAAGGCUUUAAAUUGACACGAGACACAGCGUAUAGUCUUAUGUUAUCUUUCAAACUAGCGAUGUUAUCACCUGCUAUAGAAUAACAAAUAAAGAAACAUAAAUUUGAUUAUUUUUUGCCGUAAAAACAGGAAAGCAUAAUAUUACUAAUGCAAAUUUCAUUACGCUAAGUAAAGAUCUGCCAAAACCAAGCAAGACGAAACGAAGGCCAAAUACAUGCAUGCCAAGUGUUUCGUUACUUUCCGAAGGUUUCUUUCCGAUAACAUAUCAUCUUUCAGUGUUAUUUUACAUACAUUUCGAGAGCCGAGCGAGUUUCUCACUUUAGUUUUCUUAAAGAUUUUAGAAUCGUUUUAUUAUACCAUCUUAGAAAAAUGUGGAAUCAAAGUACAGUUUUCGUGUUUCUCAGUUUACAAGUAGUGGAAAAAGGAUAAGAAAAUCAGGUUUCUCGUGCAAAUUAACGACACAGCGACGAACUAAACAUUGCUAACGCAUUAUUUCGAGAAAUAAUUUGACAGUAAUCGUUCCUUCAAAACUAGUAUCUUUAAACAAGACGUAUGUAAAGAUAUCGGCAAAAGCAUGCAACGCUUUGUUGACAUGAAAAAAGAAGGAAUCUUUAUUGAAAGACGGGCUAAUGCUGCAGAGUACAAAGUUCAUUUAAAAACUACAUCGUGUUUCGCUUUUUACUGCCAACUUUAUGCAAUUUCACAGUUUAAAAACAAACUUCCUGCCUUUUUGUUUAGCUGCUUGUCUAUUUUUCCUUUAUUUAAAUCUUUUUUCAGUUGCCUUCUAGACUGUCUUGCUUGCUAAUGCUUCAGACUUGAAAAACUUAUCAGAAGCAUUCUACUUUACCGAGGAAAAUAGUAACUAUGCGGGAAAGAAACCAUACUUGUGUGUGUCCACACCGCGCGCGUAUAUUUGAAUUGCGAGUAAUUUUUUUCAACUCAAGUGUCAAAGUCAGUAUCAUUUUUCUUUGCUGCCCUAGCUACGAUUAGGCGAGAACAAACUACUCGAAAGCCUAACAGCAAUUGAAAUGACGGGGGAAAAGGUUAAAAUCUUGUCAGCACAUCCUUGCAAACAAUAGAUCUUUUCUGAGAAAAAGCAAAUUGGAUUUUAGAUCACGUUUGCUCUCAGCAUCUGAUCUGUCAAACUAAACAGUUGUUUCCGAUGAAUAAAUUCACAUCUGAGAGAAUGUUUUUCAAGUGCAAACAAAAUGUAACGCAGGCAUCACGUUCUCAAAGUAUAUUUACUUAAGCAAAUGGAAUUUUACUUAGAAGCCAUAAGUGCAACUUAUGGCAAAGAGUCGUCUCUUAUCGUGACGCAAUGAUACGUCAUUCAAUUCCCGGAUGUUACUUAUCAGUGAAAUCUGUCUAGUCCAAGUAAUAAAUCUUAAUUUACUGAAGGUCGUCAAACAAAGAUAAAAUAUGUCAUACAAGUUUCACGGUAUUAUUGCUUAGUUUUUGAAAUCCAAGCAAAGCAGUAUGCCUCUUCCUAUUUGAAGAUGGCAAGUCAUAAGCACGUGUUAACCUUGAAUAGCAUCUUGAAAGUCGGUUGAUGCAAAAGCUUACAUGUCAAUCCGGCUAUUUCAAUUUCCUAUUCGAGAUCUCGUUCUAAAUGCACUAUUAAUACUUUAAUCACCGACUUUUGCAUUUAUGAAGAGUGUUAAUGGAAUCACAAAUCAGCCAUCUUUUGUUUCUUCACGACGUAUACGCUUUAUCUUAUUCAAUCUUUUCUUGUCACCGCCUUCCAAUUGACAUUAUCACAGCUUCAGUCUCGAAUUAUCAACCUCUAAAAGCGCGAAAGUUUAUUUUAAGGCUAUGAAAAUAUCGAGUCGUCGUAAUUUAAUAACACCCAGAGUCAGCUAUUGUCCGUUUUAUGAAAGACAGAACAAUUAACUACACACUUCUUUAAUCUUAAUUAAUUGUUAGUGUUAAAUCAAAGAAAAUACCAGAUUUUGCAUUGUCAUCGAAUUAACCAUACGACUAGUACGGAAACUGAGCCAAAAUAGGGUAAAAUAGACAGGCAAUAAUGUUGGCAAUCGAAAUACACGGAGAAAGAUAUCAGGAAGAAAACUCACAAGGAACGUUAAAAAGCACCCGAAACGUCUGUUGAGAUUAUGAUCGAUGCAUUGCCCUGAUACUGCCAAGUAAAUUUACAUUUUAAAGACGUAAACAAAGAUCUCAUCCAACAUGGUAAUGGCGAAUACCAAACAACAGCACUACAUGGAAGUACCCCUAAAAUUCUUUCAUUUGAAUGGUCAAACACUUGGGCUUCAUCCGCAGACAUAAUAGUUAGAACUUCCUCGUACAGCAUUAUAAGCAGCACCACAUUUGACUGCGAAGAGUAAAGUCACAGUACUGAACAAUGUCUUCGGCAAGCUGCUUAACAACGCAAAACUGCACUCCAAAUUCAACGAACGCUCCGGGGACCGAACCAAAAGAAGAUGACUACGUUCCUGGUUUUAGCGCCGAACGCGAUUCCUUCCCCAUCGCUAUUGCCAUCUUGAUCAUUGCUGUGAACUGUUGGGUGGUCGCUUUGGUCUUCAUGAGACGGAAUCUACGGACAGUGACAAACUACAUCUUGACAAGCCUGGCUAUAUCUGACCUCUGCACUGGAGCCAUAUCGAUUCCACUGUUUCUGUCCUGCACCAUCGUCCAAGAGACGGAAAUCUGCGUGGCGUCCAUGAUAGCGAUGCGGUUCACGUCUUUUUCGACGGUAUUGCACAUUCUGACCAUGACAAUUGACAGAUACAUCUGCAUCGUCUUCGCCUUACGAUACAUGAGUUGGGUCACGAAGCGACGUGGAUUCCAAGUGCUAACACUCAUCUGGCUUUUCUCUCUCCUCUUGGCGCUCGUCCAACUUUCCUGGACUGAUUUGCGCGAAGAUCUCAAAGACGACCAUUCUGAAGAAUCGAAAAAAAUGAUUAUCAUUUACGAUAUCUUCUGCUCCAUCGCCUUCACUGGGAUUCCUGUGGCCUUCAUGGCUUUCACUUAUGGCCACAUCUUGUACGAAGUUCACAGGCAGAGCAAGAACAUCCAGCAACACAACACUCCUGGAUGGCAGGAGACAAGACGAAGCACCAAGCAAGAAUGGAAAGUGGCCACCAUCUUCCUGAUCAUGUUGCUGGUAUAUAUUGUGUGUUGGGUACCGUUUUAUCUCCUGCGACUAGAAUAUGUCCUGGGCAGCGAUUUUGUGAAGCUUAAUUUGAGCGAUCUAGUUAUAGUACUGUUACAUUGGUUGAGAUUCUGCUCGUCCCUAAUCAAUCCAUGUUUGUAUAUUUUAGGGAAGCCUGAUUUCCGCAAGGCCUCGGGUUUUAAGAGAAAGAAAAGGCAGCAAUAUGAAUCAGAGUUAACUCGCAUCUCCCAAACGAAGGCGUCGUCGACGGCUGUUUAGAAACUGGUAGGGUAGGGUGGGAUGGGAGUGCGUUAAAAUUUACCAACUACACCCUCCGUAGUAUAUAGGAAAUAUUUUAAGUUACGGAUGGUUGGGAAGGUAUAGGUUAAAGAAUAACCAUGAGAAAGAAAUAAUGACCAGAAACCAUGGUCGAGAAGCUAUCUGAAGCGCCGCAAGGCUGAAACAAAGCUGAGAACAUCUGUUAAAAAAGAGAAUCCAAACAUUUUACUCAUAAUUAAUACAUGACAAGGUGAUCUACACAAUGUUAGAAAAUACUCUGUUGAUGUAGCAAAGUGACAUUCAUCAGUAACCGUCUAUUGCCAAAAUGUCUCUAAGAGAUAGGCUAUGGUUGCUUGACUAAAACAUAACGUUACUAUUAAACAAAGGGUAACCUGUUUUAGCUUGUUUUAGUUCCUCACAUCUCCCGGUAAAAGAUAAAUACUGUACGAUCAAACACCUGGGGAGAGGGGGAGAAAGGACUCGGCGGAGGGAUGCUUCUCGUUUCGCUUACGGUUGUAAAUAAGGUUUGUCAUCUUUCUGGAUUUAAUUCAAAUCUUUUGAUGAGCAUGCCGAGAACUUUUCACAUAAGGGUCUCCACUGGAUCGAAGAAUUAAAAAUACUGGCUAUCAUAUGCCUUUAUAUACGAACAUCUAAUUUCUAUCAGAUUCUUCAGUCGAGAUUUUUUUUUUUUCAAUCCGAAUGCCAGUACGGGGUAUGAAAUAGGCCAACAUAAACGAGCAAUCACUAGAACCCUUUAGUAAACUAAGCACUAAAUAAAGUUGUCCAAUAAUUUUCAAUUGAUUUUCAGGAGAGAAAAGAUCGAGUUGCACAUGAAACAAUUCAUUUAUCCCAAAAGGUCGUAUCUGAUAGCACCCAACAAUGAUCUGUAUCUACUGACAGGUGAUGUGCAAUAUGUAUAUAGCUAUAUGUAUAUGAGAUGUAUUUUAACAGCAAAGUUAUAGUCAUAUUACAUAAGCAGAACACGUAGUUAUCCAAAUCCUAUUUAUCAGUCGAGAGCGACAACUCGCACCUCAUAGCUCAGGGAUAUUUGAGUGUUUUCGUUUAAUUGUAAAAAACAUCACAGAUACUAUCUGUAAUAAAUCAUUUUAUUGCAUGAUAAUGUGGUUUUGUUUAUUUCGAGCGUUCUGGUUGUUUCUUUCUUGGUGGGAAUUUUAUCUACGGACCAUUUCUUCUUUUUCAAGGGUGCUUUCUAAAUCGGGAUAAGGUAAAAUUGCAAUAGGCCAUUUCCGAGUUACCUUGUGCCUCUGUUUCAAAACGAAUCCUCG